UCUUAUCAGACGUUCAUCCCUUGUUUUCGCUAUCCAUUUACUGGCCACCGCUGAUUCAAAAACAUUGAAAACAUAAACAAUGUCUAUAAAUUCAAAGAAUUAUUAUUGUUUUGUAGUCUUAUUUGAGCAAUUAUUAAACUCCUACUGAGAAUAUAGGUAAACUAUUUUUGUUUUUUUUUUUGACAUUAUUUUUGAUAUUCUACAAUCAUGGCCAUUAAGAUAUAAUUUAUCAUGAACCAUCAACAAUUUCCAUUGUCUUACGGCGAUGACAAUAGUAUUGAGGACUACUAUUCUCCAGCUGAUUACUACGAUAUAUAUGUUGAUGAGAUCAACAUCAAAAAUCAGUAUGAUCAGUCAAAUGUGGACAUUCAUGACAAAUCGUCAUUUUGGAGCGAUUUGACUUUUCAUCAAUUGUGCACUAAUUGUAUUCUGCCAGCUGUCUGGAGUACUUUCAACCUGCUAGGCACUACUCUUAUUUUAUGUAUAGUUUUCAGAUUAUUCAUUGUUAUAAAUAAUAAGUUUAAAGUAGUCCCCGAAUCAAUUUCGCACAUAGUAUGUGCCAUCUGUGGUGUUCUACCAAUAGUACUGUUUCAUGAAGAUGGAGACUUGUAUGGAUUAUUACAACAAAUUAUUUUAUUUCCAAUAUUUUGUUAUAUAGUGUCCAUAAUAUGCAUGUUGCACCUAAAACAACAUUCUUCUCUUGUGUUUUCAGCAAUAAUUUUGUUAACAUUGUUGUAUCGAGAAGGUUUUUUGGACAACUCAAAAUGGCAAAAAACUAAAAGUGCCCAUAUGCUUAUGUCUAUGAAGGCAAUGGCUGUAUUAUUUGAUGUUAAGUCAAAUGAAUUGCAUAAAUUUCCUUCAAUAGCUCAAUAUGCAGGUUAUAUGCUAUGUGCAGGUACCCUUUAUCUGGGUCCAUUUUUGUCAUUUCAAGAAUACAACAAUACUUUUUCGUUGCCUGUUAAUUGGAAUAAAACUAAAAUAUGUCGUAUUAUAUGGAAAAUAAUAAUUUCAUUGAUUUUCUUUGUAUUAUCAAUUUGUGUAGUGGACUGGUUGCUUAGCCAAAAAAUAGAUGUGCAUAAAAAUAGAAAUACACCUACAAAUAUUUUUCUAAUAAUGUACAAGCAAGCUUUGGAGUUUCGCACCGGUCAUUAUUUUGUAGCAUAUGCAUCUUCAGUUUUCGCUAUAAUUUGUGGAUACCACAGUCAACACAGUAAUGAAAUUAUAGUAACACAUCCUUUGACUAUAGAGUUGCCAAAAUCUCUAUUACAUGUAGUUGUACAUUGGAAUACACCUAUGCAUUAUUGGUUAAAAAAAUAUAUAUUUGAGCAAGUUUUGAAGUAUGGCAGUAAAAAUAAAAAAUAUAGAAAUAGAAUAAUUGCUGUAGGAACCACAUAUUUGAUAAGUUCCCUAUUACAUGGUUUAGAACGACGGUUAUCGGCAGUAUUACUUUCACUUGCUGCUUAUACAUAUGUAGAACAUCUCAUGCGUACAAAAUUAGCAUUAAAGUUUCCAAGAUCAUUUUAUUAUUAUUCUAAAAUUGAUUAUUCAAAUCAAGGUUCUAAAAAAUAUUUAAAUAGUUUCAAUAAAAAUACCUGGUUAUCUUGGAGUGUUAACAUAGUAUUUACUAUUUUAAAUAUUAUUCAUCUUGCUUAUCUUGGUUCAAUAAUGGACAUGUCUGUAAGUAAUUCAGGUGAGACCAUCAAUCAAGAUAUAUUUGCUCCUUGGCGCCGUGUCUCAUAUUUCAGCCAUUUUAUUAUGUUGUUUAUGUACUUUAUCAGUAUUAUUUUAUAAAGUUAAAACCAUAUGUACUUAUUUUUAU